CAACAAAGCACUCCAAUUCUCCAUCGUCCGAGGUGAUGUUGUAGCUAACAGACCGACCACCAACCGUCGAAGCUGGCCAGAGGAUGAAUCAGGGUUUGAUAAACUGAUGCAAGCCUGUCGCGCAUUCCGCCCUCGACACUUGGACUACGACAACCACACGUUUCGCCAUCUUCGACCUGGCAUCGGCCACAGGAUCUGCUCAACUUUCUCGGACCCUUUGAACCGCAGAAGCCAUGGCGACCAAGCGGAAAGCGGCUGCCAUGGGUAGUGAUGAAGAACCUGUAGACCCGUCGGACGAGCUCCUGUUCUUCUGUCUCGGCGGAGGCAAUGAAGUUGGACGGUCAUCGCAUAUAAUUCAGUACAAAGGAAAAACAGUAAUGCUUGAUGCUGGGAUGCAUCCCGCCUUCGAAGGUCUAGCUGCACUACCUUUCUACGAUGAGUUUGAUCUCAGCACCGUCGACGUGCUACUUAUCAGCCAGUAUGUAUUCUCGCUCCUUCAGAGUCAACGACAAAGGAUGGGAGAGCAUUUAUCACGGAUGGUUGAACCUGUAUGGAACAUCAUCGCCGGGGCGAGUGCAUCUGCAUCUUUCCAUAUCGAUCAUGCCGCCUCAUUACCAUACGUCCUCUCCAAGACCAACUUCAAGGGCCGUGUCUUCAUGACCCAUCCAACAAAAGCCAUCUACAAAUGGCUGGUACAAGACAGUGUCCGCGUUGGCAACAUCUCCUCCUCUGCCGAACAGAAGGUGCAACUAUACACUGAAGCCGACCAUCUAUCAACCUUCCCGAUAAUCGAGGCCAUCGAUUACUACACCACCCACACCAUCUCAUCGAUACGAAUAACGCCAUACCCUGCUGGACACGUACUCGGCGCAGCCAUGUUCCUCAUCGAGAUCGCUGGCCUCAAGAUCCUCUUCACAGGCGACUACUCAAGGGAAGAAGACAGGCAUUUGAUCUCUGCAGAAAUCCCCAAGAACACCAAGAUCGACGUGCUCAUCACCGAAAGCACGUACGGGAUAUCCCGACACACUCCUCGAAUGGAGCGAGAAGCACAGCUCAUGAAGAGCAUAACUAGCGUGCUGAAUCGUGGUGGCCGUGCCCUACUACCAGUGUUUGCACUGGGGAGAGCACAGGAACUGUUGCUGAUUCUGGAUGAGUAUUGGGGAAAGCAUCCGGAGUAUCAGAAGAUCCCAAUAUACUACGCUUCAAAUCUGGCGCGGAAGUGUAUGGUGGUCUAUCAAACGUAUAUCAGUGCCAUGAAUGACAACAUCAAGAAACUGUUCCGGGAGCGCCUGGCACAAGCUGAAGCUGCAGGAGAUGUAGGCAACGCAGGCCCGUGGGACUUUCGGUUUGUCAGGAGUUUGAAAAGCUUGGAGCGGUUUGAUGAUGUAGGUGGAUGCGUUAUGCUGGCUAGUCCUGGUAUGAUGCAGAACGGGGUGUCGCGAGAACUGUUAGAAAGAUGGGCACCGGACCAAAGAAAUGGUGUCAUCAUCACUGGUUAUUCAGUCGAAGGGACAAUGGCAAAGGAGAUUAUGCAUGAGCCAGAGCAAAUAACAGCCAUCAUGACAAGAGGUAGUCAGACUGCACGAAGACCAGGCGGACCUCGAGAGGGAGAAAAGGUCUUGAUCCCACGACGAUGUAGCGUGCAGGAAUACAGUUUUGCAGCUCACGUUGACGGACCUGAGAAUAUGGACUUUAUCGGCGAAGUGAACGCUCGUGUCGUUAUUCUUGUCCACGGCGAAAAGCACAACAUGAUGCGCCUGAAAUCCAAGCUUCUCUCUCUCAACUCCGACAAGACCGUCGCCGCAAAGAUCUACUCCCCCGCCAACUGCGAAGAGCUCCGCAUCCCCUUCAAAGCAGACAAAAUUGCCAAAGUCGUCGGCAAGCUCGCGCAGAUCCCACCACCGCUCCCCUUCCGAGGAAAAGGUGACCCAGAAGGACGCCAGGAAGAAUUAGACACCUCGAAACUCAUCACCGGCGUCCUCGUGCAGAACGACUUCAAGAUGUCCCUCAUGGCGCCCGAAGACCUGCGCGAGUAUGCCGGCUUGACCACCACGACUAUUUUGUGUCGACAGCACCUCAACCUCAGCGCGGCGGGCAUCGACCUCAUCCGCUGGGCGCUCGAAGGCACGUUUGGCGCGAUCGAGGAGAUCACAAUCGAAGACGACGCCGUCAAUGGCAAGGUGCAGCCCAACGGCAACGGCCUCCACAAGCACGAAGACGCCGACGAGGAGAUUUCGCGCUCUACGACCGCGCUGAAGGUCAUGGACUGCGUGACCAUCUACUGCCGGCCCGGCAGGUCAGUAGAAGUAGAGUGGGAGGGCAACAUGAUCAAUGAUGGGAUCGCGGACGCGGUGCUCGCCGUCUUAUUCACUGUCGAGAGCAGCCCUGCGGCUGUGAAGCAAUCGUCUCGUUCUCACUCCCACUCCCACUCCCCCUCUCCCCCCGUCAGCGCCCUCCCCACCCGCCUCAAGCCCUCCCACAACCCCCACGCCUCCUCCGACCCCAGCACCCGCUUCGCCCGCCUCUGCAUGUUCCUCGAAGCGCAGUUCGGCCCCAACGUCCACCCGAUCACGCAUCCACGCCUCCCGACCUCAGACCCCUCCUCUACCCCUGAAUCCACCGACCCAGACCCAGAGAAGUACACGAAAGCUGAAGUGACGGAGCUGAAACGACUGCACAACAUCGGCGUCCCCGUGCCUGGCGUAGAGAUACGGUUUGAUAACCACGUCGCGCGCGUGUGGUUGGAGGAUCUGAGUGUGGAGUGUAAGGUGCAGGCGCUGCGGGAUCGGGUCAGGGCGGUUGUGGAGAGGGCGGUUGAGACGGUGAGUGGGCUGUGGGUUGGAUGAGCAAGUUAAGGACGUUGAGGGAAGAUGGGGGGACGAUGUGGAUGGGAGAAAGGGUAUUUGGAGUAGCUAGCUAAGGCGUGGCGUUCAGCAUCUAGCCUUGUCGGGAUUGGGGAAUAUCAGGGAUUAGCUUAGGCGGCAUAGCUAGCCAUAAGUCUAGGACAUUUCGUGCCAAUGAAACUUUGAAGAUUAUAAGAUUCGC